AUAAAGGAAGUGCUGAGCUCUCCCGAUCGCCCACCAUCGCCAUUUGUUUUUGGCGGGAGAGAAAUGGAGGCGGCGGCGGAUGCCGAGGGAGGAUCGGCCGUGGGGGCGGAGGAGGACUACCGUGUGUGGAAGAUGAACACGGCUUUCCUCUACGACCUCGUCAUCUCCCACCCGCUCGAGUGGCCCUCCCUCACCGUCCAGUGGCUCCCGGGCUCCUCCUCCUCCUCUUCCAGCAGCAGCCGCGGAGGUGCCACCCACCAUCUCCUCCUCGGCACGCACACCUCCGACGAGAACCCCAACUUUCUGAUGACCGCCGACGUGCUUUUCCCACUCCCUCCCCCGCCUUCUCCCGGCGCACCGCUCCCCAAGGUCGAGAUCUCGCAGACCAUCCCCCAUCAAGGGGAGGUCAAUCGCGCCCGAUUCAUGCCGCAGAGACCAUCGGUUGUAGCCACCAAGACCUGUGGCGCGGAUGUUCACGUGUUCGACUGCCAGCGGCGUCCACUGAGGGCGGCCGAGGGGGAGGAGAGUGAGCCGGACGUCUUCCUGAGGGGGCUUUCCACGGAAGGGUAUGGGAUCUCGUGGAGUCCGCACAAGGAGGGCUUCCUCUUGAGCGGAUCGUACGAUUCCAAGAUUUGUCUGUGGGAUGUGGAAAUGACGCCGGAAAAGAAGGUUAUUGAUGCAAAGCACCUGUUCGAGGCCCAUACUGCUUCAGUUGAGGAUGUUGCAUGGCACUUGAAGAAUGAAAACAUGUUUGGGUCUGUUGGAGAUGACCAUCAUUUGAUGAUAUGGGACCUGCGUUCAUCUGCAUCUGGAAAGCCACAACAGAUGGUGAAAGCUCAUGAAGAUGAGGUCAAUUCACUAUCAUUCAAUCCAUUUAAUGAGUGGAUUUUGGCAACAGCAUCUGCAGACACUACAGUUAGCCUAUUUGACCUACGGAAGCUCACAACAAGUUUGCAUACAUUUGCUGGUCAUGAAGGAGCUGUUGUACAAGUAGAAUGGAACCCGAGGCAUGAAACUAUUUUAGGUUCCUCUGGUGCUGACAAAAAACUGAUGAUUUGGGACCUUAACAGAAUCGGGGAUGAACAAACGGCUGAAGACGCCGACGAUGGGCCACCAGAGGUGCUCUUUGUCCAUUCAGGCCACACUGCAAAGAUCUCAGAGUUCUCAUGGAACCCUGAUGAACCUUGGGUCAUCGCCAGUGUGGCCGAGGACAAUGUCCUUCAGGUAUGGCAAAUCGCCGAGAGCAUAUACCGCGACGAUGCCUAAUGAUCCUACCGACAUACUGCUGCUCAUGCAUGUGUUUGUUACCAUCAUCAUGGUGAUUGUUUGUUGGAGACUGAAGUCCUUCUCUGCCAACUUAUCCUGUUUUAGAACCCUUAAUGUAUUGGAGAUAUAUUAGAGUAAACUAUGAUCUUUAUCAUUUCA